AUGUUGUCAGCUCCCGUUAAGUCGGCGAAGCGCAUCUCGUCUCUCUUCUCUCUAAGCCACAAGGAUCACAAUUCCGGUUCUCCUGCAUCCCCGAAAUCCUCGCCCGAUGGCCAAGACCGACGCCCUCGAAGUAGUUCUCGACCAACUCGCCAUGUUUCGACCCCUAACCCCGGCUCGGAGCCUCGAACCAUUCCAAGUCCCAUGGAGCGCUUUGAUCUGGAGAGCCUACCACCGCCCCCAUCAUUACUCUCUGUAAACCAGGAUCUAGCCAACAGUGCCCCCAGUUCACCAGAUGGCCGACCAUCAAGCAGAGGGCGCGAGUUGGCCAGACCCGCGAGUUCGGGCGGGUUGGCCGUUCCAGGGUCGAACUCAGAUUCCCGCCCGAGUACACCAUCAAAGCGCCGCAGCUGGAUGCCCGGAGCCAUGGGCGCCCGGUCACGCGCCAGUUCAGUUGAUAUGAGAAGACCUCCACAGAAUCUCCCCGCUGCAUGGAUUGCUGGAUUGGACCAGAAGAUCGUAUACGACUUAGGGCCGCUCUCCCGGGGCGAACGGAUCAACGAACUGUGGAACGAGCAAGGCGAUACCUAUGUGUACCUAUUCCCGCAAGCCACCGGCCGGCCUCCGUCUUUCAAGGUUGACUCCACCAUUUUCGCCGAAUCCCCAUCUCUGACCUUCCUUGCCCGGGGCACCGAUGCGAAAUCCAGUGGCCUCGAUCAGCCAAUGCGCUCCCUCUCCGUGCAGAGCCCGACGGGAACUACCCCGGCAAACGCUCUUGACAGACUGAAUGGUGUUGCUGAUGAAGAUUAUGAGAGCUCAGGCAGCCAACGCAUGGCUUUUGAAGAUGGCGUUGACGAAAUGCAGGAAUUGCAUCUGUAUCUCCCAAUCCCACUCAACAGCGAUGUGUCGAUGCCGCAGUCUCGUCUCUCGCAAGAUGACACGGAAACCCUCCUUCUGUUCCGCAACCUUUUCGCUUUUCUUCUGGGACAGGCGCUAGUCGCUUCUCCCAAAUCCGCCUCCCUAUUCAGCAUCUUCAUGGACGUUGCCGUUCUUCUGGCGCGCUUUGAGUUUACAAAUCUGGACGGAUCCAACUUCGGUGAAACGGCUACGUCGAGCUUUGCCAACUACUGCGAUGAAUUACGUUUGGCUGAUGUGCGAAAGAGUCGGGAAAAGACGAUUGAAGCCCUCGUGCUCGGCGAGCGUUUACGGUACUUCCCGCUCUACCUGGAGGGCUUUGUCCAUGGUGUAGGAAAGCUUGAUGAAAUCAAGCAGCUCCGUAGCCCGAAGUUCAGUUUCAUCCACCCCACCACCCAAAAACGACUGGAGCGUGGCUUCAUCGAUUUGGAUUCCCGUCUCCGUGGUCUGUACAUGAAGCUGACCGACUUUGACUUUCCUUCGAUCUGGUCUGGUAGUGCCAACUCGGCCACCUCUGCUGAAAGCAAGGUCAUUCGUUUCGGCAAGUGGCGCAACGCGUUUGCUGAAUUCCGUCGUUUCACCCUUCAAUACUACCGCAACAAGUACGGCUCUUGGCCACCGAAGGCUCGGUCGAAGAAGAAUGAAUUCGAGGAAAGCGGUCUUAACCGCAUGCUCCUUCUCGACCUGUACCAUGAUCUGACCGAUCUCUACGAUAUGCUUGUCGACCGCACCCUUCUGACCACCCGCUCGAUCGAUACCUCUGGUGCUGGCGGUGACCCUACCCUGACUGCUCCUAGAGAUGUCAUGAUUCGGGCCCUCCGCCAGUUGCUCAGCGAGUACGAUCGCAGUACUCCCCCGGUACUACCUCCAAUUCCGUUCGAUAUACCCAAGAUACCCGGCUUGCAAGUGCUACACCGGAAACCCUUGGACGAGAAGAAGGAGAACAAGUUGAAGAACAAGAAGAUCAAGAACUCCGACACCAACGCGGUUCUUAUGGAUUCUUAUAACCGGGAUUCUAUGCGCCCUACUGCCUUUAUCGAAGCCUUCAUGCAGUUCGAACGACGCUGCGCUGCUGGUAAGACCCUGGAGGACCUGAUUGACCUCCGCUGCGGUCAAUGGAUCUUCCUUUAUGCCGUAAUCCAAUCGCUGCCCAUGCUCGUAGUCGACGUGCCCGAUGUGCGGUUUACCGAGAAUGUGGAGUACUUUCUUUGCAUCGCUCCCCGCGGCGGUGCUCCUUGGAUUCAAAACGACACCAAGUCCUCUCGUGCCUGGUUUGGAGUCGCCGGCGGUGCUGGUGUUGUGAGCCUGCCAUCCGAUGUGGUCAUCAAUGGUGUCGAGGGUGUUUAUCGUCGCAGUCACUGCUGGCAGGUAGCAGAGAAAUGGGCCGACAUUGGUCAAUUGAACGAUCCACCCAUGAUCGAGGAUGCCGCCUGGGAUGAAAAUGAAUCUUCCAUCUCAUCGCCAUAUCAAGCCCAGCAGUCCUCGGCGGGCUCAUCUUCAGACCCGCAGCCUCCCCCCGAUGAACCUGUCGCACGGUGGGUUGACGCCUCCCCCGCCUGGUAUCGGCAGAGAUCGGUCUCCCGCCGGUGGCCGGCCACAACGGACGCACUUCCGCUGCCUGCAGGCAUCGCUCCCAUUGAGCCUCCCACCCGCCCUGUCAGUCGCUUCAAUCCCAACAUGAGUUUCGAUGAUAUCCUCCGGGAGGUCCCCAAGAAAGAGAAGGGGAAGAAGCACUGA